AAUGGGGCUUCUCUGGAGUCUGUGAGGUGGAGCGACACGGGUUUGUGGGUGAAUGAUGGAGGCAGUAGGGAAAGUAAUAAGCAGUCUGUGUGCUGAAUUUUGGGGAAUCUGUGGGGUCAGUGAUUCAGAGUCUAUAGGGUGAGAAGGGGGCAUUGAUGAGGUGAGCGAUGAGGAGUCUGUAGGGUGAGUGAUGAGCCUCUUGGAGGCCACUGAUGGGGUAAGUGACUGGGUCUGUGGGAUAAGCAGUGGAAGUCUAUGGAGUGAGUGAUCAGGGGUAAGUGGAGUAAGGAAUGGGGACUGUGGUGUGAGUGAUCUGGUGUCAGAGAUGUGAUUCGAGCUCUGUGAGGUUGGUGCUUGGAGGACCUGUGCAGCGAAUCAUGGGCGUUCUGUGAGGCGUCAUGGGGAUUACUGAGGUUAUGUGAUGGAGCGGUCUGUGAGGUAAAUGAUGGGGUUCAGUGAUGUGAGUGAUGAGGAUCUUUCGGAGAGUAAUGGGUGGUCUGUAGAGUGAAUGGUGGAGAGCCUGUGAGGUGAGGAUUGGAGAAUGAGUGAGUGAUAGUUUUUGAGGUGAGUGAUGAGGGCCGUGGGAUGAGUGUUGCAGGGUCUAUAAGGUAUAUGAUUGGGUUUAUUGGGUGGAUGGACAAGGUUUCUGUGGUGUGAGUGAUGGAGCUCUGUGGGAUGAAUGAUACAUUUAUUUGGGACUGUUGAUAGUGAUAGAGGUGCCUAUGGACCCCACGCUGCUUCAUGGCAUCAGUGAUUGGUGGUUUUAGAAUUGAGAUGUGAUUGUUUCAAAAACCUACUUUUGAUCUUCUUGGUCCUCCUGUAUCUUUGUUUCCUGUGUCAUUAGUUUCUGCCCUUGAUUUCAUUAUUUCUUUUCUUUAGAUUUUUUCUUUUAUUCCUAUUUUUUAAUUCCUAAAUUGAAUGCUUAUCUUAAUUAAUAUUCCAUAAUUUUCUCUUUCAUGAAUUUUUCUCUAAGAACACUUUAGUUUAAUGUCACAAGUUUUUAUAUGUAACACGUCCACCAUAGUUUAUUAAUAAUGUUUUCUAAUUUCUGUUGUGGUUUUCUCUCUGAUCCCUUAGUUAUUUAGGUAUGAGAUUUUUAUUUGCCCCAAAGUUGAAAUUUUUGUUAUUGAUUUCUAAAUUAUAGCCAGAGACUGUCAUCUGAGUGAUCAUUAGGUACAGGAAUGGAUGUUCCUUAAAGUGGAUGGUAUAUAUUGAAAUUUCGGUUAUUUUCCAAGACUUUUGUAAAAUUAUAUCUCCCACUAGCAGCAUAUAAAAGGGCUCACUCCAAAAUCAUCUCCCGCACUGAUUGUUGCUGCUUUUUAAAUUUCUGCUCUGAGGGCCAAACAAAACAGUAUGUAGCUUACUUUGAUGUGCAUCUUCCUGACAAAUGGCGGCCGAACAUCUCAUAUUUAUUGGCCACUGAAAUGUAUUUAAAAAUUUUUUAUAUCCUUAGCUAUUUUUUUUCCUUUAUGUAGUUUGUCUUUCUCACUAAUUUAUGGAUAUUAACCUUCUGUCAUUUAUUGUAAUUUUCCCCUUUAUCUCUCUUUAUUUUUUUCUUUUCCCUUUAUCUCUCUUUAUAUCUUGAUUUUUGAAACAUGUCUUCGUAUAUAAUUAGAAAAAUAGUCAUCUGAUUAGAUAAUUUUUCUUUACAAGUUCUAAAUAUCGUGUCUUGCCUAGUGAGUUCUCCUUGAUUUGGUGCUUAAGUAAAUACAUGACUUAAAUUUAAAUUUUCAUUGUUUUAGGGUUAAAUUUUAAUCCAACUGGAAAAUUCUGGUGUGUGGUAUGAGAUGAGAUUAAAGUUUGUAUUUUCCAUUUGGUUAGAAUAUUUGACAGCACCAAUCAUUAAAUGAAUACCCUUUUCAAACUCAGUUAAAUGCCACUUUUGUCACAUAAAUUCCCAAAUGUUCUAUUUCUGAACUCAAUUUUUUCUUCUAUAUAUGUAUCUACUCCCUUUCAAAAAACUGUUGUGACUUUAGGAAUACUUUUAAUAUUUAAUAGUGCUAAUCCCCUCACUCUUGCUUUCUUUGGUUGUUUUCGUUAAUAUUUUUUAGCAUAUAUUCUUUCAUAUGAAUGUUAAAAACCACUUUAUUUUACUUCAAAAGCAACCAUUAAAACUCUAUUUUAUAGUUUUCUUCUUAUAGAUUCAGGACCUUUUUUUAAAGUUCAUUCUUAGAUAUUUUACACUUGAUUUCAUCAUCACAAUAAAUAGCACAUUUCUCUAUUUCCAUAGGGGGGAAAUAUUGAUUAAAAUUUUUUUCUUUUUGUAUGUUAUUUCUUAUACAAUCCAGUUAUCACAUUCUCAUGUGAAUUAUAGUUGCCUUUUAUGGUCUCUUAGUUUUUCUAGAUAUAAUAUCAUGUCACAUUCAAUUAACAAUGAUUCUCUCUUCCUUUCAAAUAUUUUUUUCUGAUUACUUCAUUUUCUAUUGCAUUAGCGAGAGCUUUCAGAACAAUGUUGAAUGAUACUUGAUGGAGAGAACCUCUAUCUUGUUGCUAAUUUGGAAGUGAAGGAUAUUCAUUCAUUUAUUCAUUCAACAAAUGUUUGUUAAAUACCUUCCCCUUUCCAGAUACUGGAUUUGAAAUCCUGCAUGGCCACUUACUAACUACAUGAUCUUUUCUUUUUCUAACAGCUUUAUUGAUAUAAUUCAUCUUCCACAAACUUCAACAUUUAAAGCUUACAAUUCAAUUGUUGUUAGUAUGUUCAAGUUGUGCAAAUCACCCUCAUAGUCCAAUUUUAGAACACUUCAUCACCCCCAAAAGGAAACAUUGUACUGGUUCCACAUUCCCACCCCAUACCUCCAGCUGCAAGCAGCCACUGAUUUACUUUGUCUCUAUAAAUUUGCCUAUUCUAGACCUUUCAUAUGUAUGGAAUAAAACAAUAUAUGCUCUUCAGUGACUAUCUUUUUUCACUUAGAAUGUUUUCAAGAUUCAUCCAUGCUAUACCAUGUAUCAGUACUUCAUUCUUUAUUACUGAAUAAUAUUCCUUUGUGUCGAUAUACCUCAUUUUGUUUAUCCAUUCAUCAGUUGAUAGAUAUUUGGGUUGUUUUCGCUUUUUGGCUACUAUGAACAAUGCUGCCAUGAACGUUUGUGUACAAAAACUUGUACACAAGUUUGUAUAUUUUCAUUUCUCUCAGAAGUGGAAUUGCUAGGUCAUACGGUACCUUUAAAGAACUGCCAAACUGUUUUUCAAAAUAGUUGCACCAUUUUACAUGCUACCAGCAAUAUAUGAAGGUUUCAAUGUGUCAUUCUUAACACUUGUUAUUGUCUGUUUUUUUUAUUCUAGCCAUCUUAACGAUUGUGAAUGGUGUCUCAUUGUGGUUUUUAUUUCUAUUUCCCUAAUGAAUGUUGAGAAUCUUUUGAUGUGUGCAAUGGACUGCAUGUUUAUGUGCCCCUCCCACCCAAAUUCACACCUUGAAAUCUAAAUCCCAGUGUGAUGGUAUUAAGAGGUAAGGCCUUUGGGAGGUGAUUAGGUCAUGAGGGUAGAGCCCUCAUGAAUGGGAUUAGUGUCCUUAUAAAAGAAACCUCAGAGAGCUCCUUUCCACCUUUUGCCAUGUGAGGACACAAGAAGAUGGCUGUCUAUGAAUCAGGAAGCAGGUUCUCACCAGACACCAAAUCUGCUGACAUCUGAGCUUGGAUUUCCCAGCCUCCAGAAUUGUUUUUUGAAGUCUCUGCGGAGCCCUUGGGCCAGACCCCAUAGUGAAGGCUGCAGGAUCUUCCUUCCGGCCCCAGAAGCUCACACUGAGUCCACGGACCAGCCUAGCCUCAGGGUCUCAAGAAGAGCAGCGUUGUGAGCAAGAGAGCCCAAGGGUUGAGGAAGAUGCCAGCCGACCAGAGCUAUCCCCAGUGGUCCCCAGACCUGGCUGCAGAGAGACAAGGCAGCAUGUGUGAGGUGUCAUUCGAGGAUGUCACCGUGGACUUCAGCCAGGAGGAGUGGCAGCACUUGGACCCUGUUCAGCGGCGCCUGUACUGGGAGGUGACACUGGAGACCUACAGCCACCUGUGCGCAGUGGGUUACCAAGUUCCCAAACCAGAGAUCAUCUUCAGACUGGAGCAAGGAGAGGGGUCAUGGACAUUGGACAAAGAAAUUCCACAUCACAGCUGCUCAGAUGAGGAUAUUGGGCAAACUCAACAACAGAGAAUUUCUGGAGAAGUUUCAUUCCACUGUGAGAAAAUUGGUCAAUCCAUAGGAAAAGAUUCAUUGUGUUCCAUUAUAGAAGAACUGUGGCAAGGUAAUGACCAGCUAGAAAGAAAUCAAGAAAACCAAAAUAACCCUUUAAGUCAUGUGAAAGUAUUGACUAAGGAGAGGGGCUAUGAAUAUAAAAAUAUUGAAAAAAUAAUUCAUGUGAGUACCAGGCUUAUUCCUUCAAUUAAAAGACUCCAUAACUUUGAUACAUUUGGAAAAAGUUUGAAGCAUACUUUAAAUUUACAUAAUCACAAUAAAAGCAAUGCAACAAAGAACUUUGAUAAGAUUUUUGGAAAUGGUAACAAUUUUGUACAUAGCUCUUCCUUUACUAAGAAUGAGAAUGCUAAUAUAGGAACAAACUCCUAUGAACUUAAUCAAUGUGAAAAACAUCUUGACCACAAACAAGUUCUUGCCCACCAUCAAAAAAUUCAUACUGGAGAUAAACUUUAUAUAUGUACUGAAUAUGUGAAUACCUUUACCCAGGAGUCACAUCUUUUUGAGCAUCAGAGAAUUCAUGCUGGAGAAAAAUCCCAUGAAUGCAAUAAGGAUGAGAAUAUCUUCACCCAGAAGCCACAAAUUGAGGUACCUCAAAGUGUUUACACAAGAGAGAAACCUUUUAUAUGUAUUCAAUGUGGGAAGGCUUUUACCCUCAGGUCAAACCUCAUUACACAUCAGAAAAUUCAUACUGGGCAGAAACCCUAUAAAUGCAGUGAAUGUGGAAAAGCCUUUUUCCACAGAUCAUAUCUCUUUAGGCAUAUGAGAAUUCAUACAGGAGAAAAACCUUAUGAAUGCAAUGAAUGUGGAAGAGGAUUUUCUCAGAACUCUGACCUCAGUAUACAUCAAAAAACUCAUACUGGAGAGAAACACUAUGCAUGCAGUGAAUGCGGGAAAGCCUUCACAAGAAAAUCAGCUCUCAGGAUGCAUCAGAGAAUUCACACAGGAGAAAAACCCUAUAUAUGCACUGAAUGUGGAAAGGCCUUCAUCCAGAAAUCCCAUUUCAAUACACAUCAGAGAAUUCAUACUGGAGAAAAACCUUAUGAAUGCAGUGACUGUGGAAAAUCAUUCAUUAAGAAAUCACAGCUGCAUGUGCAUCAAAGAAUUCAUACAGGAGAAAAACCUUAUAUAUGCACAGAAUGUGGAAAGGUCUUUACUCAUAGGACAAAUCUCACUACACAUCAGAAAACUCAUACUGGAGAGAAGCCAUAUAUGUGUGCCGAAUGUGGGAAGGCUUUCAGUGAUCAGUCAAAUCUCAUUAAACACCAGAAAACUCAUACUGGAGAGAAACCCUAUAAAUGCAAUGGCUGCGGAAAGGCCUUCAUAUGGAAGUCACGCCUCAAAAUACAUCAGAAAUCUCAUAUUGGAGAGAGACACUAUGAAUGCAAUGAAUGUGGCAAAGCUUUUAUCCAGAAAUCAACACUCAGUGUACAUCAGAGAAUCCAUACAGGAGAAAAACCCUACGCUUGUCCUGAGUGUGGGAAGGCCUUCAUCCAAAAAUCACACUUCAUUGCACACCAUAGAAUUCAUACUGGAGAGAAGCCUUACGCAUGCAGUGACUGUGGAAAAUGCUUCACCAAGAAGUCACAACUCCGAGUGCAUCAAAAAAUUCACACAGGAGAGAAACCCAACAUAUGUGCUGAAUGUGGAAAGGCUUUCACUGACAGGUCGAAUCUCAUAACACACCAGAAAAUCCACACUAGAGAGAAACCCUAUAAAUGUAGUGAUUGUGGAAAAACCUUCACCUGGAAGUCACGCCUCUCUAUCCAUCAGAAAUCUCAUACUGGAGAGAGACACUACGAAUGCAGUAAAUGUGGGAAAGCUUUCAUCCAGAAGGCAACACUAAGUAUGCAUCAGAUAAUUCACACAAGAAAGAAAGCUUAUGCUUGCACACAAUGUCAGAAGGCCUUCACAGACAGAUCAAAUCUUAUUAAACAUCAGAAAACUCAUAGUGCAGAAAAACUAUAAGUCUGGUGACUGAAAAUACCUUCAGCUGAAAAUCAUAAUGGGAUGUGCAUCAGCUGUCUCACAGAGGCAACAAGGAGUGCCUGAUGCUGCAAUCAUUGCACAGGGGGAGUAGAUAUGACAGACUACAAAUAGCUUCAGUGAACAAAAGGUCAACAAAGCCAAGUAUUCUUCAGUCAGGUGGAAUACAAGUUGAUAUGCAAUUAUAUGUGUAGGGAGCCACUUUGGUAAAGUAUUUGAGCAAUAGCCCUGGUUGGUUUCAUGAUUCACACAGACACUCUCAUUCUCCCGCAAAUGGUAGAAAUAGAGACCCCAGGAGAUGUAAUCUCUUGUGCUUCACUUUUUGGAUAAAGGGCUUUAUCAAUUCAGCACUGAUUUGUUCUUCACACCCUGAAAUGUAAAACUACUCAAUACUGACCAAUUUUUUUCAAAUUUCUAAGGUGGGGAGAAGAGCAUUCAUUGUCCAAACACUUUUAGGACACUGAAGUCAAGGCAAAAACCAAUUUGGGAAUAUAUUAAUAGAUUUAUGAGUAGAAGCCGAAAGUUUUUAUGAUAAUUGACAUUUAAGACAUGGAAAAGAUUGCCCUGAGGAAGCGCUCUUUUUCUUCCCUUUGAGACAUCACCAUGGUAUAUUUUUAAAAUAUGAAAUAAAAAUUUUAAAUGUUAAUUUCUGACUUUAUGCAUUGGCAAAUUAAACAUAGCUCUAGCCUAUGUUACAGGAAUAUAGUUAUUAAAUGUUACAUAUGUCUAAAGGUGGCAGUUGUUCCCUUAUCAAUUCCAUGCUGUGGCAGCAGGUGAUUCACACUUGAAAGUAGUGAGCAUACCUUCUAAUCUGUACUCCCAAAGCUAUCAUUUAGGUAAGCUGCAGACCAUAAACUUCUUAUCCCCUUAGUAACUGAACCUAAGACAAUGAAACUGAGCCACAGCACUCUGGACUUCCGCUGAAGCUUCUGCUUUCUUUGGGAUUCCUGUUUGAAAAACAACAGUUAAAGAAAUUGGGUUUCAAUACAUAAAAUGGUGGGUUUUCUUCCAAGUUAUAUUCAUUUUUAUGUGCACAUUAAGAGUAAUUUUGUGUGGAUUGCUAUGGGAUAAAGUCAUGUUGCAUUAGUUAUUUAGCCUAAGAUAUGAUUAUAAUUAUAGUUGAAUAACCAGAAGACUUCUCUAAAAAGAGCACUGCUUUUUUUAAGCACUGAUAAGUAAACACUUUCUUGUUUUUAAUUAAAAAAUCUUUAAAAUACUCAUAAGAAAGGGGGCUUUCUUUCUAGCAUGUAGUUUUAUUUUGUUUUUAAACUUUUUAAUUAAAGUAUAAUGCAUACUGAAAA